AUGCAGCACCUCUCAGGUUCCCCGGUUGAACUCCUUGCUGCUUAUCUCAGUAAAGCUUCAGAUUUGUGUAAGAAGAUUGACGGACUUCCUGAAGAGUUAAAAAGUUGUGUACAAAAGGCUUUUACUCUUUCUGAAGGGCUAAAUGUCUCCAAGGUGACACAGAAGGAAGAAAAGGAUCUUCCAAUUUGCAAAAAUAUUCAAAGCGGAUUGUCCGGAAAUUUAAAAAACACAGGUCUUCAAUUGUAUAAGCUGCUAUUACACAUUAAUGGAGCCAAAACCAUUUUGCAAUUGCCCCUCUGCCCCGAAUAUGACAUUAAAUCCCUGGCAGAUUGUCUGCCGGAAGAUGGAAAGCUAGUUGUACGUGCAUCUGAGUCUCACCCAGGGCGACAACAGGAAACUUCACCAUAUAACAAAAAGAUACAUGUGCAAUAUGGAUCUACUGCAGAUAUUCUGAAGAUGAGCCAGGGAAGGCAGCCUAUCACAGAAGGAUUGCAGGAUCCCUGUGUUCUAAAGAUAGAGGGGUGCAUUGACCCUCCAAAUAUCCACUUUCCUAAUAUUGUGGGGGUAAAUGAUGUGAUAACUUUGCUGCUUCGGGGCGAGCAAUUUGACAUGGUGUUUAUGGAUGCUACAGAGCAGAAUCAUAUAAACUAUUACAACCUGAUUAUCAACAGCAAUAUGCUAAAAAUGAACGGUGUGAUGUGCGUGCAAAACAUCUUCAUGAAAAUGCUGCCGAGCCGGGAAAAUAUUAGUGAUGACAACUGGGAAACUGCAGCAAGAGAAAUGACAAAUGUAAUUAAUGCAUAUCCAGGAACUGAGGAGGUGCAUUUGCCUGUUGAUGGUGGAAUAAGCAUUGCAAGAAGGAAAUAUGUAUCAGCAGAAAUGGAAGUGAAGGAUGGAAUUGUAAAAGAUGUUGUAUUUUACGGCUAUAAUGGAUAUCGCAUUCUUGACCGGAUGAGGCUGGAUGGAAAAGUAGCCUAUGUGACAGGUGGAGGUCAGGGUAUUGGAAGAGCAUUUGCACAUGCAUUAGGAGAAGCAGGAGCUAAAGUUGCCAUUGUUGAUAUGUUCCUUGAAAAAGCAGAAAUUGUGGCAAAUGAGCUAAAGCUAAAAGGCAUACAAUCAGUUGCCAUAGCAGCGGAUAUUAGCAAAAACGAAGAUGUAAAAAGGAUCAUGGAUACAAUUGUGACUAAUUGGGGAAGAAUUGACAUAGCAUGUAAUAAUGCAGGAAUUAAUAUGAAUUCUGCCAGUGAAAAUACCACAUUGGAGGAAUGGGACAAAACAUUUAAUGUAAACUUAAGGGGUCUUUUUAUGUGCUGCCAGGCUUCAGGCCGCGUUAUGCUGAGUCAAGGAUAUGGAAAAAUAAUUAACACCGCGUCUAUGGCAAGUUUAAUAGUUCCACAUCCUCAGAAGCAGUUGGCCUACAACACCUCAAAAGCCGGAGUGGUUAAAUUAACCCAGACUCUGGGCACAGAAUGGAUCGACAGAGGAGUAAGAGUCAACUGUAUUUCACCCGGCAUUGUAGAUACCCCGUUAAUCCACUCAGAUGCCUUAAAGCCGCUAGUACAGCGAUGGUUGGCCGAUAUUCCUGCUGGAAGACUUGCACAAGUAACAGACUUGCAGGCCGCUGUCGUUUAUUUAGCAUCUGAAGCCUCAGACUACAUGACGGGUCACAAUUUAGUCAUCGAAGGUGGCCAGAGUCUUUGGUAGAACAUUUGCUGAAAAAUUAAUAAACUGUCCUGAAAGUGUCCACAGUCCUACAUUGUGUUUUAAAGUUGUUGUUUUUUUAAAUGUAAAGUGUGAUUUUAAAUAAACUUACAAAUCUUGCUUGAGAA